GUUACCACCAUUACAGAAUCUAAUCUGAAAAAAAUAAAUUAGCCCAAUUACAGCUAAAGUACUGUUCCAUGUUACAGGUGUCUCACUUUUUUUUUUGAAAAAAAUAAUAAUUGUUUGUACUAUAGUUUAUUUAGAAAGCCUAUUACAAUAUUACCAUUUCACAUUUCAAAUGUAUUCUUGAAUUUUUCUAUAUUCUCUUGGCAAUUUUACAUUUUGCACUUUUAUAUAAUAUAUUGCAUAUGGAAGAGUUCCGGCCGAGUUUCCGGUGUUCCGAUGACCGGAGAUUGGAGAUCGUUAGCGGAAAGGGGUUCAACAUCAACCAGGUAAAUCGGGCUCGGUCACCGGAUCUGGCUGGGGUAACGAGCAAGGGGACGUGGCCGAGUCAGGUGGCAGCAGCACCACCGUCGAAUAAGCCAUGGGGAUUCAAUGAUCCAGAGAUGAAGAGACGAAAGAGAAUAGCUAAGUACAAAGUUUACACUAUUGAAGGAAAGGUCAAAACUUCAAUUAGAAAUGGACUAAGAUGGUUCAAAAAUAAAUGCUCUGAAAUCAUCCAUGGAUAUUGAUUAAUUAUCCUUUCCGACUCUACUAACAUAAGAUGUUUUAAGCAUUUGAACUCUACUAAUACGAGCAUCGAAUAUUUUUUCGUCUCUUCGUUUGUUUGAGGAGGGUGGAAAACAUAGAGAUGAUUGGUCUAAUUUCAUAUAGUACUUGGGGGAUGUUUUUUUUUUUUUCAAAUUGAAAUUCUAAUUUGUUUGCAUGUUAUUUAAUUAUGUUUAAAAUUGAGAUUAUUUUUUCCGUAGAAGUUUUAAGUCAUUAUUCCUCUA